CAACCACGACCAGAAUCUUUGCUUGAACACUUCGUAACUCACAUUUAUGGCCACCCACCCCGUCGCUCAGCUCACAUCACCCGCUUCAUGGGCUCUGGUCGAGGACAAGUUCUCACCGUAUGGCAAGGAGACACUUACGAAGCUCAUCACAUUCCUCGAAGAAGACGUCGAGCCUGCUGCCAAAGUCGCACGAGCACAGCUCCCAGCGGACCCCGUACAGCGAUGGAAGACUGUUAUUCCUGUCAUCGAGGACUUGAAGGCGAAGGCUAAAAAGCUGGGGCUGUGGAACCUCUUCCUCAGCAAAACUCAUUAUCCAGAACAUGGCGUACCCCUCACGAAUUUGGAGUAUGGUGUAAUGGCUGAGUUACUGGGUCGUAGUGGACAUAUGGGUUCUGAGGCUGUCAACUGCGCUGCACCUGACACAGGGAAUAUGGAGGUUCUCGCACGUUACGGUAACGCGGAACAGCAGAAGAAAUGGCUCCUCCCUCUGUUGAACGGGGAGACUCGCUCUGCAUUCGCUAUGACCGAACGGUUUGUCUCAUCGUCGGACGCAACGAACAUCCGAACCUCUAUGGUUCAAGAGGGCGACGAGAUCGUCAUCAACGGCCACAAAUGGUGGAUUAGCGGUGCAGGUGACCCCAGGACCAGACUUCAUUUAGUCAUGGGCAAAAGCGAUCCGAAGAACAAGAACACGUAUAACCAGCAGAGCGUUGUCAUUGUCCCUGCAGAUGCGCCCGGCGUGAAGAUCAUUCGUCCGAUGAAUGUCUUUGGGUACGAUGAUGCCCCAGAGGGCCAUUGUGAGAUCGUGUACGAGAAUGUUCGAGUACCGGUGGGCAACCUUGUGCUCGGCUGGGGCAGGGGCUUCGAGAUCAUCCAAGGUCGACUUGGCCCUGGCCGUAUUCAUCACUGCAUGCGGUCUAUCGGUGCAGCUCAGUUUGCUCUCGACACCAUGAUUGAGCGGGUCACUGAUCCUAGCCGGAAGACAUUCGGAAAAUUCUUGUACGAGCACGGGACUGUCGUGGCCGAUAUCGCAAAGUCCAGAGCAGAGAUCGAGGGCGCACGUCUCCUCGUACUGAGCGCUGCUCAUCAAAUCGACAAAGCAAGGGCUAAGGGCGCUCUGAAGGAGAUUGGCAUUGCGAAGUUUGUGGUGCCAUCUAUGGCUCUGCAAGUCAUCGACAGGGCCAUUCAGUCUUUCGGUGCUGAAGGUGUCAGUCAAGACACUGAGCUUGCAAAUCUAUGGGCAGGCCUUCGCACAUUGCGGAUUGCAGACGGUCCUGAUGCGGUCCACAUCCAGCAAGUUGGACAACGGGAGCUCAAGAGAGCCCCAGAGCUGGCGAAAAAGGCCGCUGAAAAGAAGAAGAGGGAGACAGCAUUGCUCCAGAAGUACAACAUCAAGUUGUAAUUUAGUGUAGGCAUGCUGGUGGAUUUCUAAGGGGAUUUUGCGGACUGCUUUGUGUACUUUUAUCAUUAACACCCUCAACCCUGCUUGCUAUCUUGUAUUUAGCUAUUCUCUGUGUAUAUGUCUAUGGAUUGGUGCUGGAG